ACGAAUACGUCAUUAACGUGCGCCGCAGGAAAAGGUUUCGUCGUUUCGGCUGGCGAUUGUCUCAAAGCAGGAUGCCCCUUCCUGCAGCAUUGCUGGCACGUCUGGCCAAGCGAGGAAUUGUCAAACCCUCAGAGCAAGGGGCAGAUGAAGAGAUUAUUGCUGAAGAUUACGACGACAACAAUGUCGAUUAUGAAGCCACCAGGAUAGAAAAUCUGCCGCCAAACUGGUAUAAAGUGUUUGACCCUACUUGCGGCCUUCCUUACUACUGGAAUGUGGAAACGGACUUGGUGGCCUGGCUGUCGCCGAACGACCCGUCGGCUCAAAUAACAAGAGCUGCAAAGAAACAAAAAGCGGAGGACGACCGAGGUGAGCGUCAGUCUGACAAGACGGACAGAGAGCGGGACCGAGAUCGCGAGCGCUACCGAGACAGAGAGCGGGACAGAGACCGCGACCGUGAGAGGGAUGAGCGCCGCGAACGAGACAGGAGGAAGCAGAGGCGGGAGGACGUGGCACCCUAUAGAAAGGGCAAAAUUGCUAAAAAAGAUGAUGAAAUGGACCCCAUGGACCCAAGUGCAUAUUCUGAUGCUCCCAAGGGCUCGUGGUCUAGUGGUCUUCCCAAACGUAACGAAGCAAAGACAGGAGCCGACACUACGGCCGCCGGGCCUCUGUUCCAGCAGCGACCGUACCCGAGUCCGGGAGCCGUACUCCGCGCCAAUGCAGCAAACCAAUUUGUCAACGAGUAACGCCAACUCUCGAUGUGAUUUCUUUUGGUAGUGGAAGAGUUGUAUAAAAGUCAUUUUGUAAGCAACAAACGUUUGCUAGGCAGUCUGAUCUUAGAAUGCCACUUUGUUCUUCAUUUUAUUCGAACUUCUUACUAUGAAUAGAUCUUACUUCAUCUGUCACCAUUGCCGCUUCAGUUGAAGGUUUUUAUUCCUAGGGUGACAGUUUGGUUUAUUUCCAUAUGGAAGUUCUUAAAGCAAGAAGGACCCGUUAUUUAAGGUUAUUUUAUGACCUAUGUUGUCACUGUAGCCAUUUGAGGCCACGUUUUGCUUUCCGAUAGAAAGUUAACUUUGUUGGUCAAACAAUUUAAAGGCCAAAUGCUCUAAUCUCAUCUUCAUUUAGUGGAACUAGUACUCUUGUAUUAAUAACGUGUACAAAUUCACAAUUUUAUUACAAACAUUACAAAAUGAUAUUUUGUUCUUACAAUAAGAGAAUAAUAAGUCAAUAGUGGUCUGUCGCUCCCACAUAGUGACAAAUAAAAUCAUAGUCCAAAGUGAA